UGGGUGCUGGAAUGUAACUUCAAGCCCAGUCAACCGUGUGGGAAUAAAGAUACAGCACUUUUGCCCCGAGGGCGUGUCAACUACGCUUCGGAACAACUAGGAGCACGCAUCAUUCGUGCCACAGCGGAUCCCAUAGGUGGAACCAACAUUAUCAAGAAACUUCUCGGUCUAGAUUUCAGUGUUAAUCCGCCCAUAAAUAUGCUGCGACAGAGUUUAUCACCUGGAUCCUGCUUCGGCUUUAAUGGUUGUAAAGCAACAGUGUCAUUACGUCUGUCCAAUGUAAUUGUCGUAGAGGAAAUACGACUAACACAUAUUGCAAAAGAAAUGACUCCCAAUGUAUGCGUAGACAGCGCGCCCAAGAACUUUGAGGUCUACGGUAAGGCUUUGGAUAGCGAUAAGCAAGAGUUGUUGGGCAGCUGGACAUAUGAUAAUGAUAGCAAAAAGCGAUCACAAAGUUACAUAGUCAAUUGUAAAUGUUUGUUUCAAAAUUUGGUUAUUAUCUUCAGUUCGAAUCAUGGUGCUACGUCAACUUGCAUAUAUCACUUUGAAGUUUUCGGUAGAUUAUCAUAAACAUCUACGCUUCUGAUUAUUUACAUGUUUUUUUUGUUGUAUUGUUAAAUUUCUAAUGCGUUAAA